AAAAAAAAGAAAUAAAAAAGAGCUCACAAAAGAAGAAGAAGAGUAAGCAAAGCAAGCAUUUCUUCUUCAGUUUUUUAAUGAGAAGAAAUGGAAGAAUCUGUCUCUAGAGCAUUAAUGGAGUCUGAUUUUGUGGAAACCAAAGUAUUGGAAGCCUUGAUUGGUGCGUUUAGUUCAACAUUCUCUCUUAGGGAGAUAGCUUAUGCGUAUUGCAAAGCUGGCCGUAAUCCAGACAUGGCAGCCCUCAGAUGCUUUAUGAUGGUGCUGGAAAGUUGAAGAAGAACUACUUUAAUGCUGCACCUGUCGUUAGUACAACUCAAUGUGAAACAAGUUGUAUAUAAUCAUCAGCUUCGUGUGAAGGUGUUGCUGACAACACAAAUUGUGCAGAUAAUAGGAACUCUAUGGCAUCAAAAGCGACAAAGAUGGCUAUUUCAAUGUGUUGUGCUUCUGGUGUUAUCGGUAAGGGGCAUGCGAUGCCCAACACACCUGUUUGGGGUCCCAGGAGCUUCAUAUGGCCUUCAUUGUCAGAAACAUUGUGUGAGAGUGUCGCUUACAAGCCAAAUUGGGGUGCAAUUAAGGGUUCAAUUGCAUCAAAACAGAAGAAACUGGCCUUGUCUGUUGGUAGUGCUUCUGGUGAGGGGUAUGACAUGCGCAACACACCAGCAUAUGGUCCCGUGAGCAAAACUGAACCAUUGGAAUUGGAUAUGAAGGAGGACCUUCCCAUUGAUGAACUCAUAGAUGAAGAUGUUUUAUCAGAUCCAACAGCAAAGGAGGACCAAAUGCGUACAGAACCAGGGAAGAUUUUUGAGGGUGGAAUGUCAUGCGAAACCGAUGAAGCUACUUUGAAAGAUUAUUUUAACAAGUUUGGUGAAGUUGUGUGGACUAAUAUUCUGAUAAACAGGACAACAGGUUGUUCAAGAGGUUUUGGGUUUGUUCGCUUCUCAGAUAAUUCUGUAGCUGAUAAAGUUCUUUUAGAAAAGCAUGUCAUUCUUGGAAAAAGGGUAGAUGUAGGAAAAGUAGUGCUAAGAGGUGAACAUAAUAGUCCUCAUAAUCGAAAGGGUUUUAAUAAGAGUAGUUCUCACAAUCAAAAGGGUUUUAAUAAGAGUAAUGUACAACGAGGAUUUAAAGCUUAUUUUGAGAAAUUUGGUAGAACUACUGAUGUUGCUAUUAUGUACUAUAAUUUUUCACUUUUGAUUCUGAGGAGGCUGUAGAAAAUGUAAUGCAGAAGAGGUUCCAUGAGUUGAAUGACAAAGUUGUUAAGGUUAAGAGCACCUAAAGAUGGGAGUAAUAAUGGUCACAAUGGUGGUUAUAAUAUGAGAGUGAAUGGUGGAAAAGGUGGAUCUCUUUUUCGUGGUGGACAAGGUGCUUACAAGCCAAACUGGGGGACAGAUAAUGGUUCGAAGGCAUCAAAAUCGAAAAAACUGGACUUGUCAGUUGGUAAUGCUUUUGGGAAGGGGAAUGCGAUGCGCAACAGACCUGCAUAUCGUCCCGUGAGCGCAACUAAGCCAUUGAAAUUGGAUAUCAAGGACCUUCCGAAUAAUGAACUCUUGGAUGAAGAUGUUUCAUCAGAUUCAACAGCAAAGGAGGAACAAAUACAUACAGGUGCUUGGGGCCAUGAUUGGGAAAUGGUGUAGUAGCUGUUCUCCUUUUAACAAGAUCUUCAUAACCUUGCCUGACAACUUAAGCCUGAUGUCGUUGUGAACAUAACAUUAGGUGAAUAAGAAGCGUAGUUUAUUUGGAGACGGAAAUUCCUUCGUUAUCAGAAUGAAAGUUUAUAUGCCUUUUAGAAACAUGCAUAUUCAGUCACUUGUAAAGAUUUGGGGUUCUGCCUUCAUAUAGCUUUCUAUGGUGCCAACUUUAUUAGAAUUUUCUUGUUAUGUUAACCGCAAUUCCUUUUGGUCUUGGGUCUGAUACUACUUGAAGUAUCUAGUAGUAGUACUACUACUUUCGGAAUCUCUAAUGUUCAAUUUGAAUAGUUUUGUUUUUA